UUUGGUCUCGCCUUUCAAAAUGGCGGCUGAGCCAAAACGGGAGUGGAGCGAUGAGCAGCUCAAAAGUGACGAUUUUCCCAAAAAAGAUAUUAUAAAGUUCCUUCAGGAUAAUGCAGCUCAUUCGUUCCUCGCUGAACACAAGCUGCUGGGUAGUUUGAAAAAUGUGGCCAAAACUGCAAAGAAAGAGCAGCUGAUCGUUGCCUACAAUCAGCUUUUUCAGUUCAAAAGGUUUAAAGGCACCGAACCUGUCGAAGAAGUGACCGAACAGGUUAAAGCUGUGAAAAUUGAAGAAAAAUCCAAAGAAGUAAAGGCUGAGGUUGUGGAUGAGGGUCCGCCCAAGUUCACCAAGUCUGUGCUGAAGAAAGGUGACAAGACAAACUUCCCAAAGAAGGGCGACACUGUGAGCUGCUGGUACACCGGCACCCUGGAGGAUGGAACCGUGUUUGAUACCAAUAUUCCGACAGGGGCCCGAAAGAAGAAACAAUCAAAACCGCUGAGUUUCAAAGUCGGACUGGGCAGAGUCAUCAGGGGUUGGGAUGAGGCUCUUCUGACUAUGAGCAAAGGUGAAACAGCCCGACUGGAGAUUGAUCCAGAGUGGGCCUAUGGAAAGAAGGGUGUCCCAGAGUCCAAAAUUCCACCAAAUGCAAAGCUGAUCUUUGAAGUGGAGCUGGUGUCUGUGGAUUAACAUUCUAUCAUACUUUACUCGAUGGAUGGGGACAGAAAGCAGCAAAGAAUUAAAUUACAGUUUAGAAGAACUGGUACGACGACAUCAUGUAUGAAUCAUUCUGAGAGGCUGCUUUUGAUUUGAGUUUGCAUGUACAGUGUGAAAGAUAAUUCUGCUCGGGCCACAGUGAGGGCGCACUGGUCUUCAGUGACAUGUUUACUGGUUGUUUUGUAGCAUGUACACGGCCUCAUCUGAAUUAUGUGUUUAUUAAAAACCUUUGCUUGUGUUUACAGU